CACCUCCAUCGAAAGCAGUCUCUCACUCACUUCUCGGUCCUCAGGCAAUUUUUCAGUUGACUUUUUAUCAUUUCUCGCGGCACCAACGGAGUUUUUGAUCGGCGUCGCCGUGAGAAAGAAGAGAGAGAGAGCGAGAGAGAAUCGAAGAAGAAGAAAAUGAGUGAAGAAAACGACAAGAAACCAGCGAUCGUUGUCGAUCACCACCACCACCAGGAGCAUAAUCAGCCUCAGUACGGAACCUUCCAAGGCGUCGCCAAUUAUCCUCCGCCACGGCCGCCACAUCACCAGCCGGCGAUCGGAUUCCCUCAGCCCGUGCCGCCGCCGGGAGUCGCCGAGCCCUCAGCUCAUCAUCCUGAUUACUACGCUCGCGGAUAUCAAACUGUUCCUGGCUAUGCAGUUGCUGAAGGAAGACCGGUGAGAGAGCGCCGUCUUCCUUGCUGUGGUAUUGGCAUUGGCUGGUUCCUGUUUAUCAUUGGAUUCUUUCUUGCUGGUGUCCCCUGGUAUGCUGGAGCUUUGAUUUUACUCUGUUCAAGGAUAGACUACCGGGAGAAACCAGGAUACAUUGCUUGCACAGUUGCGGCUAUUCUUGCUACAAUUGCUAUUGUUCUUGGUGUGACGAAGGGAGCUGAUGACUGGUAGUCUAUCAAUGUAAGACUUUAUAGCUUGUAAAGGGGAUGCAAUUACAUAUCUGCAGCUUCGUAUUACUGUUUGUCUGUUUCUUCAUUUAAAUAAUUCAUUGUGUGAAUUUACGGUAGCGAUUGUUAUUUUCUAAGACGGUUGAUUAUAUCUGUAAUCUCCAAACUGCAAUAAACCAUUAUUCAGAAAAUACUAGGAGUUGAUCUCGUUGUAUAUGUAUAAUGCAUGUGAAGUUUACGAGGAAAACGAGAACCUUACCAUUGU